AUUAAAUAAUUGCAAAAAUAAUUUUUUUUUACAUAUAAAACUCAGGCAAAAAUAUAAAUUUACUGGCGCGCCCUGCAUUUAACAUUUCAAAUUGCCCACCAAUUUCAGAGAGUUAACAUUGCAUCCAGGUGGCAACGCCGCUGCAGCCCGCGCAACAAACGAAUCGAGGAGGUGCGAAAGAGCACACAAUACAGCACAUGUGACUAGAGCAAGAGAGAGCGAGAAACAUAGGGGUCGAAAAAAACACGCGUUGCUGUGGCAGAAAUUUCCACUGUUUACAACGUUUUGAAAGGAAAAAGAAAGUCAGGCGAAAUGUCCAGCUCCGGGAGAAAGCGCAAGCAGCAGCUGAAGCCGCGCCAGGAUGAGCACCGGUCGCCGGUAAAGCGGCGCAGCGUGGACAUCAAAACGGAGCCUCUGGACGGCUAUCCGGCAUUGGCGGAUUACGAUUUAAGCACCGCGGACAUCAAACCGGAUCUCACUGAGCUCCAACUGCAGUUGGCAGUGGAGCAGCAGGUGGCCCCUAGCGUGAGUCGCUCGGAAUUGGAUCACCAAGAGAGCGAUUCUGACGAGGAUGGCUAUUCGGAGCUUAACUACCAAGCGGCUGAUGUCUUCUGCCAGGAUGAACCGGACGACUACGACCCUGAUUGGAGCAGCCAGCAGACGAGCUCCAGAUUGCUAUUCAAAUUCCCCGUUCCCAACCCAACUGGCCUGAAAUUCGCCAAACGCUUCCAGUGUCCUAUGCACUACUUCAACCAGUUGCUGGGCAAUCGCUCCCGAUUCUUCAGUUCCCUGGCCCAAAGCUGCAACAUAAAGGGAGGAGCAGCCAAAUCACAGCCCACAAAUGCCGAGGAAAUGGAAAUCUUUGUGGCCCUCUCCCUGCUUAUGAGUGAUCUAAGGCUAGAACAUCUCUCGGACUACUGGAGCACCAACAUGUUCUACGGUUUCAUGGGUUUCACCGGAAAGAUGCCCCUGGAUCGAUAUCAGCAGCUGCUGCAGUGUCUGAACUUCGACGCACUGCAGCCACAAACAGGCAAGAACAACCCGAAGGACUUUCCACUCCUAACAUUUAUCAACGAGCGCAUGGCGGAGAUAUACUUUUGUGGCCAGCAACUAAAUCUUAACGAACCCAUUACAUUAUGGAAGGGGAGAUUCAGCUACCAGGAUGAUCUGCCCAACAAAUUUCGCACCAACUCUCUGCUGCUGCACAUGCUAACCGAGCAGAGUGGGCUGGUGGUGAAGCUUCUACCGGAGAUUGUGAGACAAGAGGAUGCACAGGCUUGGGUGCGCAAUUCCCGGCAGUUGGUGAAGCACCGAAACGAGUUGGCUCUAAAGCUAAUGGAGGACUUCCAAGGAGGACGCACUGUGUACGUUUCAAAGUUCUAUGGCAGCUAUGGCCUGGCUCAUGAAUUGGCCAAGAGGAGCACUUAUUGCACUGGAAUGCUGGACAGGAAUAGAUAUGGCAAUAGCAAGGCGCUGGUGCACCAGCAGUUGGAUUCGAACAGUAUCUCUACCAGCUAUACCACGUCCCUGAUGAUGGCCAAGUGGAGGCGAUGCGCAAAGAGCUUUUACUUCUUCAGCUCUGACUGUUUGGCCAUUUAUGCCAGGGAGCUAUCCAUACAAAAGACGAACGCCAGACCCAAAUUGAUUCAGGAAUUGGACUGGCAACUGCGACCUAGCAACGAGAGUCGGCAGCACCUGAUCCACUACCAACCAGCAUGCCAGGAGCUCCCGGCGGAGAAGAAACUGGCCAUCUUUCUGCUAAACAUCCUCGUGUACAAUGCCUAUUUGUUAUACUUGGCCAAUGGCCAGAACCCGCGAGGAGGACAACUUAAAAGUUAUUCGGAGUUUCGGGUGAUCAUAAUCAAGUCGCUGCUAAGGGAGGAAGUGAUCAGCGAGUCUGUGACAGUCAAUCCCCGGAAGGCUGACAAACAAGAAAAGGUGAAGGACAAGGUUGUGGCCGAGCCCAAGGUGACGGCCGUGCGGCACGAGCCCGUGGUCAUCCUGCAGAAUGGAAAGCCGGCUCGAAAGAACUGCCGCCACUGUCACAAAGGCGGAAUGCUACAGUUUAGCAAGUUCAUGUGCAACUCAUGUCCGGACAAACCAGGUCUGUGCCAGGAACCCUGCUUCAGACUGUGGCAUGAGCAGCUCAAGAAGUAACCAGAAAUACAAUGUUAUGGACCAAGUGAAAUAAAAAUAAAAUGUAAAAAGAGCA